AUGGACACGCAUAAGCGGUCACCAUGGGCUAUAAUAGCAGAUGUAAAGAGAUUUUUCGCCAUGAAGCCGGGCGUGUAUCAGUUCCUCGUCGGGUGCUUUGCAUCAUUGGGUUCCUUCCUCUUUGGAUAUGAUCUGGCUGUGAUUGCAGAAGUGGUGGCAUCCGACUCUUUCAAAUCUCUUUUCUUGCAACAAAAUUCCGAUUCUCGAUCCGGUACCGUCGUAGCACUCUUCACCGCAGGAUGCUUCUUUGGUGCUUUUGGAGCAGGUUUCACCGACAAGCUCGGUAGACGAGGCACUAUCCUGAUGGCUUCAUGCAUCUUCGUUGUGGGUGGUAUCAUCCAGACUGCUGGAGUAGUCAUAGGCAUGCUAUAUGCUGGGCGAUUUAUCGCUGGUCUCGGUGUUGGGUUCUUGACUAUGAUCAUCCCGAUCUACCAAGCAGAGAUUACUCACCGUCGCAUUCGUGGGAAGGUCACUAGUCUCCAGCAACUCUUCAAUGCCGUGGGGCAAAUAUUUGCCAGCUGGACGGGCUACGGUUGCUACCUCACUUGGGCAGGAACAGGUGACAGCCGUGAGUGGCGCAUACCGCUCGCCGUGCAGAUCAUUCCUGCUCUGUUCUUGGGGAGCUUGAUCUAUAUGUUUCCUGAGAGUCCACGGUGGCUGUGCGACCAUGAUCGAGCUGAUGAGGGUCUUCGUAAUCUCGCUCUUCUCCAUGCGCACGGCGACAUCUCGGAUCCGUACGUGGUAGCCGAGUUCGACCUCAUCCAAGCACAAAUUCAAGCGGAACAUUUGGAGAAAAAGAAGACUUACUUCGACCUUGUUCGUGAUUGGCCAAACCUCAGGCGAACGAUGCUUGCAUGCUUUAUUCAAGCCGAAUGCCAGAUGACAGGGGUUAGCGCGAUCCAAUACUUUUCACCUCAAAUUUACGCUCAAAUCGGCAUCACGACUUCUCAAUCUUUGCUAUUUAAUGGAGUCAACGCCAUCAUCGCUUUCGCCGGCACAUCUGUAUGCAUCCUCGUCAUAGACCGAAUCGGAAGACGACCACUCGAGAUUUAUGGAGCGGGCCUUAUGUGUGUUACGUUCUUGAUCAACGCGAUUCUUAUCCAACAGUUUCCGGCAUCAGCAACCAGUAAUGGGGCUCAUUGGGCCUUUGUUGCAUUGACAUGGGUAUUCAAUUUUGUCUUUUUCGUCACAUCGGGGCCUUUGUCUUGGGCAAUCCCGGCUGAGCUCUUCGGAACUGCGCUCCGCAUGAAAGGUGUAAGCGUUGGCGCCAUGACGAGUUUUGCCUUCAACACCAUGAUAGGACAGGUCACACCUAUUGCGAUCAGUGCGAUCGGAUGGAAAUUCUAUGUGGUCUUCAUUGUUUGCAAUUUUGUCAAUGGCGUUGUCUUCUGGGCGUUCUUGCCAGAAACCAAAGGACUCAGCCUGGAGGACAUGGAUGAAAUGUUCUACAAGAGUCCGACGUUCGUUCCCGGCAGCAAAUGGGUGCCGCACUCCCACCUGGACGAAGAUGCUCGAAAGAUAGCGAAUGGCGAAGAUUAUGUGGAUGGAGUGGUUACGGCCAAAUACAAGGCCACUGAGGUAGAGCACAUUGAAGGCGGUGAUUGA